CGUUAUUAUGGCUGUACUUCCGGUCUGUGAUUGGGUCGCACGCAGAGCUGCGGAUCGGCUCAGCUAAUCGAGCUCAGAGCUGUAGAUCAGUGGACACACGUGCCGCUUGCGCUCGGGCUUUUUCGUGAUUAAACCGCUAUAAUCACACGAGACUGACGUCAUGAUAUGAUUACGUGCAGGUCGGACUGGGUUUCCAUGGAGAUUGAACUGAAGAACAGCACGUCCACAACAUCAACAACAUCAACAGUGGAUAUUAGAUGAGAUGAAGAGUGGAACUCGAUCAGCUGAAGGACAGAUGGACUCAUCCUCAUCCUCCUCAUCCUCGUGCCGUAAGAGGAAGGCUGUGGACAGUCUGACCUCAGAGUCUCAGGAGAAGAGAGAGAGACUGGAGCUCACUGCACAGGAUGUGCUGUCGGUGAAGGACGUGUGUGAUCUAAUCCACUACAUCACACUCAGACGCUCACACAGUGUGAGGAAGCCCAGCUGGUUCAGUGAGGUGGAUGAGCGGGUGACUCGUGUGAACGUGAUGUUUCUGGAUGGACUGACACAGAGUCACUUCUACAGAUACUUCAGUCUCUUCAGACACCUGAGAAACAAAUACAGCGCAAGGUGGACUCUGGCUCCCUGCUCGAGUGACCUGCUGACCUCUGACCUCAGCCGUGAGGUCACCGUGUGUGACAGCGCAGCAGAGGCGCUACCAGCUGUGGUGAGGUGGCAUCCUGUGAUUCGCCGCUUCGGUCUGAGCUCCAGUGGGCUGAGCCACUUCCUGCUGACCCAAGAAGAAAUGAUCAAACAGAAGUAUCCUGUAAAGGGUGGUCAGGGCUGUGAGGGGUUUGUGUGUACGGUGAGCGCCGGCCUCGUGACGGACAGCAGCCCGCUCUUCGGUCUGGACUGUGAGAUGUGUGUGACAUGUGCGGGGUCAGAGGUCACGCGCGUGGCACUGGUGGACAGCAGUGGAUGCUGUGUGCUGGAUGAGCUCGUCAAACCACCCAACCCAAUCAUCGACUACUGCACCAGGUUCUCAGGAAUCACGAGAGCCCUGCUCGAGCCCGUCUCCACGCGUCUAGCUGAUGUUCAGUCCAGACUGCUGAAGCUGCUGCCGCCGGACGCCGUGCUGGUCGGUCACUCUCUGGACGGAGACCUGCGAGUCUUACAGCUGGUUCAUCCUCACGUCGUGGACACGUCUCUGCUCUACCGGCAGGAGUUUGGCCGCAGGUUCAAGCUCAAACACCUGGCUCAGGUCAUUCUGAAGCAGGAGAUUCAGUCGGAGGUCAGGAAAGGUCAUGACCCCUGUGAGGAUGCACUGGCUGCUCUUCAUCUGGCUCAGUACUUCAUCAGGAAGGGACCCAGAGAGACCAGUUCUUCUGAAUGUUCUCCAGCGAUGUUGAAUCAUGUUCUCUCUCAGGUUCUGGAGGAUCAUCUGGAGGAUCUGUGGGGUCUGAACUGUUCUAAGAAGAAUCACGUGAUCUCGUCCAAUCAUCACAGCAGCCCUCUCUGCUUCGGCCACGCCCUCAGCACGUCCGGCCAAUCAGCAGUGUUUCUGGGCGGAUCGGUGAAGACGAGCGACUCUCUGUCCAAUCAGCAGAGACUCCAGUGCUCGAGUGACAGAGAGGUGGUGUGUGUGUUCAGACGGAUAGUUCAGCUGUACACACUCAGUGUUCUUCAGUUCUCUUCAUUCAGAAACACACUGAAUCAGACGGCAGCGGUGGGAUCACACCUGAAGCAGGUGUGUGAGCGUCUGCAGCAGAUGUGUGUGUUGUAUGUGGGUCCGUUUCCGUCUGACACCACAGAGACUCUCGUACACACACUCCUGAAGCGCUGGGGACCCCUGAGGAACCUACGACUGCUGCACUACACACACGAGGUUCAUGCUGAGGUGGUGUUUAAGCAUCUUGAAGGAGCUCAGCUUGCUCUAGAACAUCUGAAUGGGUACCAGAUCAACGACUGCAUCAUCGAGGUGCGGCGUCCCGUUGACGAGUCGUGUCUGGAUCUGAAGAAGCGUCUCUCCGAGCGUCAGGGCGAUCCUCUCAACGCUAACGUCAUCUACGUGAGCAAUCUGUCCUGCAAACCGCCUCGCCAUGAACACCAGCUGCAGACCUUCAGACAGUUUGGCCCCAUUCAGAGCGUCACGAGCGCCGCAGAGCAUGCUGGGAAACGCGGCGGACACGCCUUCAUCGAGUUCGAGCGAGCGGACAGCGCUCAGGCCGCGUUGGGCGUCGCCCUCCAGACAGGAAACAGGAAGCUGUCGGCGUGUCACGCUCUGACCCCGCCCCACAUGACCUCAUGGACACGCCCCGUUACCAAGGAUACCAGCCCAGGCAGGACAGAGCCGGGGGAGGAGUGUGACGAGCGACUGCUGGAGCAGCAGAUGAAGAAACUGGAUACAAGAGUGGGAAAGGUGUUCAGAGCGCUGGAGGAAAACUGCCUGAGCAUCGUCAUCCUCCCCGGAGACAGGAUCGACGCCGUCGAUCAUCCAGGCCUCUGCUUCAUUCACAUCAAACACAGCCACGACACACCCCCGACUGUCUGCUCCGCCUCCUCCCAGCUGAUCUGUGAUUGGCCGACCUGACUCACGCCAUUGGGAAUGUUUUUACUGCGUUUCUUACGUGUAAUCAGAUUUUUUAAAUGUAUUUAGACACUGUUCAGAAUAAAGACGGCAGACGUGAGGAGCUUUUGUUCUGAAGACAGCA